AUGGUCCAAGAGCUUUUGGCCGCGGGUGCCUCCAAGGAGAAACCAAUGAAAAAUGGUGCCACUCCAGUGCAUUUGGCUGCCCAGAGCGGCCAUGUGAAAGUUGUGAGGUGCCUCCUGGAAGCCAAAGCUUCCAGCAACCCCCGGGCGGAGGACGGCCGGCGGCCCUUGCAUAUCGCAGCACAGAAGAAUCACCUGGAGGUGAUCCGCUGCUUGCUGCAGCUACAAGCCGAUGUCAAUGCUCCUGGGCCCCAUGGGAUGAGUGCUGCCUUCUUGGCAUCUCAAAGAGGCUUCCCAGAAAUCCUGCUGGAGCUGUGUGAAGCGAAGGCCUCCCCAGAGGCGGUCGACCUCAGUGGUGCCAGGCUUUUGGACGUGACCAUCCAAGAGGGGCAUUUGGAGUUAGUCAAGCUCCUGGUUGCCUGUGGUGCUGAAUUGACGGCCAGCAACCGCUUGGGAAGGACACCUUUGCAUGUGGCAGCUUUUGCGGGUGAGUUGGAGAUUGUCAAAUGGCUUAUUCAAGAAGGCCAGGCCUUGUUUAUUUCAGCUUGUGGAUUGAGUUUGGCAAGAUUUGUGUCCUGUAGUCAAGUAGGACUCUGA